GUUAAGGAGGAAGUUGUGGGAGCUGAGGAGGUUGUGGUGGUUGAAGAGGAGGUAGUGGGGGUUGGAGAUUGUGGGGGUGAGAAUGAAUUUGCGGGGAUUGAGGAGGUUGUGGGGGUUGUAGGUUGUGGGGGUUAAGGAGGUUGUGGGGGUUGAGAAGGUUGUGGGGGUUGAAGAGGAGGUGGUGGGGGUUGAGGAGAUUGUGGGGGAGAGAAUGAGUUUGUGGGGAUUGAGGAGGUUGUGGGGGUUGUAGGUUGUGGGGGUUAAUGAGGAGGUUGUGGGGGUUAAUGAGGAGGUUGUGGGGGUUAAGGAGGUUGUGGGGGUUGAGAAGAUUGUGGGGAUUGAGGAGGUUGUGAGUUGUAGAGGUUGUGGGGGGUUGAGGAGGAGGUUGCCAGGGUUAAGGAGGUUGUGGGGGUUGAGGAGGUUGUGGGGGUAAAGAAAGAGGUUGUGGGGGUUAAGGAGGUUGUGGAGGUUAAGGAGGAGGUUGUGAGAGUUGAGGAGGAGGUUGUGGGGGUUGAACACAAAGGAACACAAAGGAAGAACAAACAACAGCAGACCUGCUGGUCCUUACGAGGUUGUUUGUGACAAGCUACACUAACUAUCUAAUCAAAGGUGGAAGAUGAAGGACAGCAAAGGCGAAGGCUCCUCCCCACCCCCCCAUCCCUCCAGCCAAAGCUGGCAGGAAAGGAAAAAGAACCAUGCAGCAUGGUAGGAGGUAGUGGGGGUUAAGGAGGAGGUUGUGGGGGUUAAGGAGGAGGUUGUCGGGGUUGAGGAGGUUGUGGGAGUUUAGGAGGUUGUGGGGGUUGAGAAGGUUGUGGGGGUUGAGGAGGAGGUUGUGGGGGUUGAGGAGAUUGUGGGGGUGAGAAUGAGUUUGUGGGGCUUGAGGAGGUUGUGGGGGUUGUAGGUUGUGGGGGUUAAUGAGGAGGUUGUGGGGGUUGAGAAGAUUGUGGGGAUUGAGGAGGUUGUGAGUUGUAGAGGUUGUGGGGGUUGAGGAGGUUGUCAGAGUUAAGGAGGUUGCGGGGGUUAAGAAAGAGGUUGUGGGGGUUAAGAAAGAGGUUGUGGGGGUUAAGGAGGUUGUGGGGGUUAAGGAGGAGGUUGUGAGAGUUGAGGAGGAGGUUGUGGGGGUUGAGGAGGUAGUGGGGGUUAAGGAGGAGGUUGUGGGGGUUAAGGAGGAGGUUGUGGGAGUUGUGGGGGUUGAGGAGGAGGUUGUGGGGGUUGAGGAGGUUGUGGGGGUUGAUGAGGUUGUGGGGUUGAUGAGGAGGUUGUGUUGAGGUUGUGCAGGUUGAUGAGGAGGUUAUGGGUUGAUGAGGAGGUUAGGUUGUGGGGAUUGAGGAGGUUGUCCGGAUUGAGGGGGUUGUGGGGAUUGAGGAGGUUGUGGGGGUUGAGAAGGUUGAGGAGGUUGAUGAGGUUGUAGGGGUUAAGGAGGAGGUUAUGGCAGUUGAAGAGGAGGUUGUUGGGGUUGAGGAGGAGGUUACAGGAGUUGAAGAGGAGGUUGUGGGGAUUGAGGGGGUUGAAGAGGAGGUUGUGGGGGUUGAUGAGGUUGUGGAGGUUAAGGAGGAAGUUGUGGGGGUUGAAGAGGUUAUGGGGAUUAAUGAGGUUGAUGGUCAUGGGGGUUAAUAGGGUUAGUGAGGUUCAUGAGAUCAUGGGGUUUAAUGAGGCUGAUGGUCAUGGGGGUUAAUAGGGUUAGUGAGGUUCAUGAGAUCAUGGAGUUUAAUGAGGUUGAUGGUCAUGGGGGUUAAUAGGGUUAGUGAGGUUCAUGAGAUCAUGGGGGAUAAUGAGGUUGUGGAGGUUGAUGAGGCUGUGGUCAAGGUGUUGAGAUCAAGGAAGUAGUGGAUGUUGAGUAGGUUGUGGGGUUUGAGUAGGUUGUGGGGUUUAAGUAGGUUGUGGAUGUCGAGGAUAAGCUUGUGAAUGUCAAAGUGAAAGUGAAGAGUUCUGUUAGUCAAGGUUUUGAGUUCAAGGAGGUUGUGGAGGUCGAGGAGGUCAUGCAGGUCAAGUAAAUGGUCCUAGAGGUUGUGGAGGGCAAGGGGAAAGUUGUAGAAGUUGAGGAAGGGUUCUGAAGGUCAAAAGAUUUUGGAGUCAAGGAGAUUGAGAAUGAGGCUGAGGAGGUCGAGGGAGGUUGUGGAGGAUGAGAAUGAGGCUCUGGAGGUCGGAGGAGGUGGUUGUGGAGGAUGAAAAUGAAGCUGUGGAGGUCGAAGAGGAGGUUGUGGAGGAUAAGAAUGAGGCUGCGGAGGUCGAAGCGGUUGUGGAGGAUGAAAAUGAGGCUGUGGAGGUCGAAGAGGAGGUUGUGGAGGAUGAGAAUGAGGCUGUGGAGGUCGAAGAGGUUGCGGAGGAUGAAAAUGAGGCUGUGGAGGUCGAGGAGGAGGCUGUGGAGGAUGAGAAUGAGGCUGUAGAAGGUGAGGAGGAGGAUGUGGAGGAUAAGAAUGAGGCUGUGGAAGUUAAGGAGGAGGUUGUGGAGGAUAAGAAUGAGGCUGUGGAAGGCGAGGAGGAGGUUGUGGAGGAUAAGAAUGAGGCUGUGGAAGGCGAGGAGGAGGUUGUGGAGGAUAAGAAUGAGGCUGUGGAAGUUAAGGAGGAGGUUGUGGAGGAUGAGAAUGAGGCUGUGGAAGGCGAGGAGGAGGCUGUGGAGGAUAAGAAUGAGGCUGUGGAGGUCGAGGAGGAGGUUGUGGAGGAUGAGAAUGAGGCUGUGGAAGGCGAGGAGGAGGUUGUGGAGGAUGAGAAUGAGGCUGUGGAAGGCGAGGAGGAGGCUGUGGAGGAUAAGAAUGAGGCUGUGGAACUUAAGGAGGAGGUUGUGGAGGAUAAGAAUGAGGCUGUGGAAGGCGUGGAGGAGGUUGUGGAGGAUAAGAAUGAGGCUAUGGAAGUUAAGGAGGAGGUUGUGGAGGAUAAGAAUGAGGCUGUGGAAGUUAAGGAGGAGGUUGUGGAGGAUAAGAAUGAGGCUGUGGAAGUUAAGGAGGUUGUGGAGGAUAAGAAUGAGGCUGUGGAGGUCGAGGAGGAGGUUGUGGAGGAUGAGAAUGAGGCUGUGGAAGGCGAGGAGGAGGUUGUGGAGGAUGAGAAUGAGGCUGUGGAAGGCGAGGAGGAGGUUGUGGAGGAUGAGAAUGAGGCUGUGGAAGGCGAGGAGGAGGAUGUGGAGGAUAAGAAUGAGGCUGUGGAAGUUAAGGAGGAGGUUGUGGAGGAUAAGAAUGAGGCUGUGGAAGGCGUGGAGGAGGUUGUGGAGGAUAAGAAUGAGGCUAUGGAAGUUAAGGAGGAGGUUGUGGAGGAUGAGAAUGAGGCUGUGGAAGGCUAGGAGGAGGAUGUGGAGGAUAAGAAUGAGGCUGUGGAAUUUAAGGAGGAGGUUGUGGAGGAUAAGAA